AUGGCCACAGGUGUAUAAAAUCAAGUACCUAGGCAUGCAGACUGCUUCUACAAACAUUUGUGAAAGAAUGGAUCACUCUCAUGAGCUCAGUGAAUUCAAGUGGUGGUACCGUGAUAGGUUGCCACCUGUGCAAUAAGUCCAUCCGUGACAUUUCCUUGCUACUAAAUAUUCCACGAUCAACUGUUAGUACUAUUGUAACAAUAUGGAAGCAACUGGGAACAACAGCAACUCAGCCACUAGCUGGUAUGCCACGUAAAUGGUCAGAGCAUGCAGAAGCACACAGUGCACAGAAGUCACCAACUGUUUGCACAGUCAAUAGCUAAAUAGCAAAAGACCUUCAAACU